GUACGCUGUCUCGCGCUUCUCGGUGGCGGCAGGGCUGAUGGCACCCUGGAUUGGCACGGCCUCCUCGCCCAAAGUACUCAAGCAAGCAAUGGAGUGCGGAGCCUGGGUGGCGUUCGGCUACAUUGGCCAGGCUGUAGGCCUGAUGACAACCACAGCCUCGAAGUCCUGCUUCAUCUGUUCCUUGAACGUCGUCUUUGUAGCGAUGAUCGUGGGCAUCACCAAGCGCAAGUUCGAUCCCCAGACGUUAGCUGCUGCUGUGCUGGCCGUCGCCGGAGUAGGCUUCUUGGAGCUUGCAGGGUCGCAGCAGUUCGUCAUCGGCGAUCUGAUCUCCCUGGCACAGCCCAUCGGCUUUGGCAUGGGUUACAUCCGGCUUGAGGAGAUCAUGGAGAAGAACCCCAAGGAUGCCUUGCCCGUCACGGCCGUAAAGCUGGGCAUGGUCGCCCUGGCGUCUUGGGCCUAUUAUAUUCUCACCACCGGCACCCCCGACCUGGAGCCCGUCCUUGCAUCUUCAGCUGCGCUGACGGGCAUUUUGUAUACCGGGCUGGUGACCACCGCAUUGGCAUUGGUGGUCGAAUCAGUGGCCUUCCGUUUCAUCGAUGCCACCUCUGCGUCAGUGAUCUUCACCACGGAGCCCCUCUGGGCAGCAAUCUUCGCUAUCUGGCUGAUCAACGAGCCCUUCUCGGCGGUGGAUGCCGUAGGAGGUGCCCUGGUCAUUGGAGCCAACGUCAUCAAGGAGAUGCCAGAAGAGAGUUUGCCCUGGAACUGGAAAAGCGAGGAGAAGUCCACUGACCCCUGA